GUUUUCAUUGACGUGACUGUUGGGUUACCGACCGAAAAUCUUCUUGGCGUCAGAAAAAUCGCCCAAAAAUCAAGGGGCACCCAAUCGUUAAACAUUUACCAUGAAAUCAAGCAUUCAGUUAUUGCCUUAUAAUAACAUGGAUAAUAACAGUUGAAGGCUUUGCAACUAACUGCCUGUUAAAAAGAGAAAUCUGAAUAUCUUAAAAGAAAUUGAAAUAUUUGUUACGACUCCCUGAUGCAGCUGAAUCCUGUGUUCUAGGAACUAAAUAUUAGAAAAUGAAUAAUAAUCAACGAAAUGAAAUAUUAACCAGAAGAUAUGCUAGUAAUUACUUCCAUCUGAACUUUCAGAAUAAUUCUAAUCUUUGCUGGCUGAAUUCAUCAAUGUCAUUGUUAGCUUACAACAAGUCUCUACUCCCUUUUGUUAAUGACUAUUCCACAAAAGCUGCUACAAUUAUUAAAGGCUAUGAAAGUGCUAUUUCUGUUUAUAAUGAUCGUUUCAAUGAAAGUACCAUGGAAGAAAAACUGCAGAAAGCAAAGCAGAUAAUGCAAAAAAUUCAAGACAUUGUACUUCAGUACUUGAAACCAAUCCUGAAGUAUAAGGAAGGACAGCCAGAUUCAGCAUUUUGUGCUCUUCUGAAUUUGAUCAAGGAGAAUGAACAAAUAAAAAAUUUGUUCCUUGUGAAAUAUGCUUCGAUUAGAAACUGCAAAAAAUGUUUAUUCUCACAAGUAAUGGAUUCGGAGAAAACAAUUAUCACAUUGCCAAAGGUUAGGGCAUUUAAACCAGAUUCUCUUGUCUCUCUGUAUAAGUGUCAUAUUUGUGGUGCUUUGGAUGAAGAACUUGAAAUCAAAUAUAAAACCUUGCCUCAGUGUUUGAUUUUUCAUUUUGAAAAUGGAGUUGGAGAACGCUGGAUUGAAAAUGGAGUUGGAGUUGGAGAACGCUUUCGCGUACCACUUGAAUUUAAUUUAAAUAAUCGUACAUAUGAGUUAUCUGGCUUGAUAGAAUUCAGAAAAGGCGGAAUUAAUCACUUUGUGACUUGGAUAAGAGAUAUUUUAUCCAAUCAGUGGCUUGAACGGAAUGAUUUGGAAAGUGAUAUUUUGAGUUUUAGGAAGAAACUACCAGGUAUUGCACUUCAAGAUUUUUACAUCGUCAUGUAUGAAGCUCUAGAUAACAAGGGGAGUGUUUCUGUAGAUGCUGCUAAUAUCAGUCGAGUGGAUUUAGAUGAUACAAGUUCAUAUAUUCCUAUCAUUGACUUGUCAGAUGAUGAAGAGGAAUUUGACAAGAACAAUCAAACAGAAAAGAAUGCAUCUAAUUUGCCCUUAAUGGGAAGCUUGCCUAAGUAUGAUGAAACUUACAGUUAUAGUAAUAAUAAAGAAAUGUUAAAACGACCAGAUGAGAUUUUUUCAGAUCGUAUUUCUGUUACACAAAGUGUUCUAGAAUCAUUAACAAAAAUUAAAUUAUCUGAAGAAUUCCCAAAAAAUGAAGGACAAAUGGAUGUGUUUUCGAAAUCAAUCAACAAUAAUUCGCAACAUAAUGACAAAAAUGAGUUUAAAGAGCAAAAUAUAAAACAAUCUCUGCUUAAAGAUAGUAUUGUUGUACACAAGAGAGAUGAAGGUAAAUCCUUUGUUUUUCAUAAUACUGAAAUAGCAUCCUUUGCCAAGCCAGCUUUGGAAAAUAAUGUAAAAACUUCAAAAGGGAACUCUGGGAAAACUUUGGUUAGAACAACUUCCAGUAUUGAAAUACUGGAAAUACAGACAAACAUAAAAGACAAUAGUUUUGGAAAAAAAGAUAUUCCAUCUGCAUUUGCAGAAAAUUUUCUAGGAGGAGAUCAUACCAUUUCUUCAAGUAAAAAUGAUGCUAUCUUGACAAAAAAUCCUGUUGCAUAUCAGGAUAAUAAUGUUUUGAUAGAAGAAUCAAACGAUCUUAAUAUGAAGGAGCCUAUUAAUGCAGCAGAAGAUGAAUCCUCUGCAAAUGACGCUGUAUCAACGUGUCCUAAGAAAUUGAUGAAAAAGUUUGCAUCAAAAUAUGAAGAGAUUGUUGUGGAGAAAACAAAGCCUGUUGCAGUAAAAAAAAAGAAAACUUAUUCUAAAUCAAUUCUGAAACGAAAAGCUGGAAAAACAAAUUAUUUGAAAACAAAAGUUAGAAGAGUCGAGACAGUUCGCAAGAGGCUCAGAAAAAUAAAAAUGCCAUGUAGUGUUUGCAAUGAAUGUGCGAACACUACAGGAAAAGCUAAGGUAAAAACUGUUUCCAAAAGGACUUUUAAGACUGAAAACAUAAGAAAGAAAUACAAAACGCAUACAACUACAAAAGUUUAUUCAGGUGUAUCAAGCAUUGGAUCACAGAAGACCACAAAAAAGAAACUUUCAGAUGAUAUUAAUGCAGGUAAUGAUGCAAAGGCAGGGAACUCUGAUCCUCCAAAUGAAUGUUCUUCUGGGUUAACAAAUAAGAACCUUAACUCAGGUUAUGAUGUUGCUGGAGAUACGAUUCAUAAGAGGCCGAGAAAAAUGACGCGAUGUAGGUUUUGCAGUGACGAUAGUAAGGUAGAAACUGUUCAAAGAAAAGCAAAAAGAGCAACUUGAUAUUAAUGUAGAUUAUGAUUCAAAAGCAGGGAAGUCAAAUGUGUUUUUCCACUACACUUACAUUACAUGUUAUCAGUGCAAGUCAAAUAAGUCAACAUGAGUUAAGCAAGCAAGUCAACAAAUAAAAACAAUUUUGAUCCUGAAAAUACUGGAGACAAGAUUCAACUGCAAAGUUAUUAUCUCAAUCUAGUAAUGUGCAUAAACAUCAGACAAGAAACUUGGUCCCUUGUAUGUAUUCAUCUGUAUUAUAUAAAACAUUUUUACAAUAUUGAAUUUGCUACAGUCAUAAUCUCUGUUAUGCAAUGUUUAAAUGUACAUAUUAUUGUAUUAAAAAUACGUAUUCUUAAAUUU